CCUGUUGAGAGUAAACUGUAUACAGAGGCCUCUUCCUUUCCGGAGCGCAAUGAGAAAUGCACUGACAGCUGAUAGAAGCGCUGACGUCCGUGUGGCGUCUUGUUGAAGCCUGAUCACUUCCUUUUCACUCCAUCUGUACAGCAACUGUCACACUCGCAUCUCUUCUGUGCAGUUGUCAUCACACGGUCUGCUUUAAUGACUGUGACUCACAAUGCGGUGUGGCUUGUGUGUGGUGCAGUAUGUACGAGCCUUGUUUUUAUUAUAGUCACAGGCAAAUGAUACAAUAUGUAAAUAUUUGCCACACCUCCUGGGUUUCUAUUUAUAUCUUAAAUAUAGCCUUUGUAGCCUGCACACCCAGGCUGUAGUUGUCAAGAGCCAAAGUGACAAAUAUUUGCCUGACCAACAGUCCAAAACCCCCAAAUAUUCACUUUAUUAGCAUGUGAGACAGAGAAAUGAAGCAGAUUUUCACACUUUAGAAACAGGAGCCAGGAAAUGUUUUUUUUGUUUUAGGUAUGGCUGAAACGAUGAACCAGCGUUUGUUUCAGCUCUGUAUGCAGAUUUGAAACUACAUAUUUGUGGAGUUACAAGUACUACGCAGUGUUUCCAUGUGAAAUGUAGUAGAGCUGAAGUAUGAAGCAGCAGAAGUGUCUUGCAAAGAGGUAGACGAAAGAUUGAUACCACUCAUGCCUGUACAGUAAACAUGAAGAUAUAGCCAGUUAGCUUAGCUUAGCAUGAGGACUGAAAAUGGGGUAAUGGCUAACCCGAUUUAACUAAAUCCACUAAAACUCACAAAUUAACACCUUGUAUAUUAAACAGCACAGCAUGUGAUCCCCAUUAAACUUGUGAAAUGUGUUUUUGUACAGAUUAAACACUAUAUAAUGAAUCAGCUAGCUAUUUCCCACCUUUAUGCUAAGCUAAGGUAGCUACCUGCUGUGUCCAGUAUCUCCCAGUGUGUUGAGCAAUUUCUUUAAGUUUGAUCAAUGUUUUACUUUCCACUGCUGCAGACACGAAACCUGCCGCAUGUUUACUGUGAGUUAGUGCUAUCUGUGGUUAUAUAGCUGCGAUUAAUCUCAUUUCCUAUAUCACACGAGACACAGCCGCUGUUGCAUAUCAUAUUUGUACAGAUAAUAGGAACUUGGUGUCAAAUGAAAGGCUUAUGAUCAGUGUUAUGUAAGAGCAGAGGUCAGAAAAAGACAUUUUCCUCCUUGUUUGUGAAUACACAAGGAGUCAGAAAACAAUGUUAGAAUUCAGGUUUCACUGUAAAGAUGACAAAUCACAUAGAAAAACAAGCACCUGAUCCAGAUCAGAGUCAAAUGUGAUGGCUGUUAAGUGAACCCAGCGUGGUGUCAUGUGUCAGGCCCUUUGUUAAAAACACUCAACAGAAACUGGAAGGAAGAACCAGAGUAAUAGAAACUAGGAGGAGGAGCUAGUAGAUGGUUCAGCGGUACGAUAGGAGGGCUCUUCCUGAGUUGAGCUGUUUGCUCUGUGGGGCUGGUCUCCGCUUCUUCUACUCCCAAACUAUGGACUAGGCCUACACACAGCUGAAAGAUUUAAGGAACAUGUUAAGAUGAGUGACCGAGACAGCAGCACCUCGGCCUCUCAAACUGAGGGAGAACUGGAGGAAGAGGUGGAGGGAGGAGGAGAAAGACAUGAAAAUCAGAGGGACAGUCAACCCCUCAGUCUGUCCGACUUCUCGUCCACCUUGCAUGCUGUCAUCCGCAUCAAACAGAAGUACCAGGCCAUGAAGAAGCGCCGUCAGGACAUGGGUGUGAGACUGGGAGGACCAGGACUCCCCACAGGGGCUCCAACUCGAUCCAGCCCCAACAUCUUCACCUUUGACACCCUCAACCCAUCCACCUUUCCCACCCUGUCAUCCUCCAGCUCUCUGAGGAAAAAGAGGAGAAAGAAGAAGCGGGUGUUGUUUCCUGAGGGAGGGCGGUGCAGGGCCACGCCAAAACAGGAGCACAGUCGAGCCAAAUACUGCCUUUACCUGCUCAGUGCCAUCGUCUUUCUGCAGGUGUACAAUGCCAUAGAGAACCUUGAUGACCACGUUCUCAGAUAUGACCUGGAGGGACUAGAAAAGACCCUGAAGAGGGAGGUGUUUGGUCAGCAGGGAGCGGUGGAGGGCCUGCUCUCCCACCUGAAGGAAUACCUGUCCACCUAUGUCCACAACAAGCCCCUGGUGGUGUCCCUGCACGGCCCCAGCGGAGUGGGUAAGAGCCACCUGGGUCGUCUCCUGGCAGGACACUUCCGCUCUGUGGUGGGGGAGACGCUGGUGCUGCAGUACUACGUCCUCCAUCACUGCCCCCAGGAGGCCGACGCCAUGCAAUGCGCCCGUGACCUCUCUGGCCUCAUCUCAGAAAUGGUCAAACAAGCCGAGGAGGAGGAGAAGAUCCCGCUCUUCAUCUUUGACGAGGUUGAGCACAUGCACAACGAGAUCCUGGAGACCUUGUGGCAGCUCGUGGCCUCCAGACAAUCCAAUGAAUACCUGAACGCCAUCUACCUGUUCCUGAGCAAUCUGGGUCAUGCACACAUCACCAAACAUAUGCUGCACAACUCCUCAAGCAUUUCUCUGACGAUGGCAGCAUCUGGUUAUAGUAACCUUGUAAAAGAGUUAACUCCGAUAUUACGCAACACUCUGGAGAAGCUCCACCCACUGUGGGCAGAGGCAGACAUCCUACCUCUGGGCCUUCUGGAGAAAGGUCACGUGAUGGAGUGCUUCCUGGAUGAAAUGACUCGAGAGGGAUUCUACCCGGAUCAUACCAACAUAGAGCGCCUUGCAGGGGAGAUUGAAUAUUACCCCGCCGUAGGGGGGCACAAAUAUUCCCAGACAGGCUGCAAGCAAGUGGUGGCUAAGGUCAACCUGCUGUGAAAUGCUCUGCAGGACAUGUCUGGAUGAUUCAUAUUCUUUUAAUCCUCAGAAACCAUGCAUGAAAAGUGAGUGAGGUAAUGUGGUUACAAAACUUGAAUGACGCAACUCAGAGCCAAUGUUUUCAAGAGCGUUUUUGCAAGGGUGAAAAAAAUGUGCUCACGGACAGUGAAGACGUUCAGCUGGGGAAGAGCAGAGGUUUGGAAAUUCCCAGUCCACAAACAGUCCUCAGAGGGUCAGGGUUCAGGGCCUAGUGGUAUCUCCAUGCACUAGGUUUUAGUUUUAUUUAUCCAGGAUCAGAGGUUUCCACCAGAUACAAUUUAGGUGAAUGAACUUUGGUUUUUGGUGCUCAGCAUUAAGAAGUGACACUGUCAACAGUUUCCACUGGGACUAUUGCUUCUUCAAAUGACAACUGUUGGCAGUGAGGUCUGCUUUGGGGACAGCUUUUCUGGAAGGACACUCCUGCUGUUUACACGGAUGUUAGUGUUUCACUUUGAAAUGUAUCAGCAAUAACUGGGUGGAUUGCCACAAGUUUUUUGCACAGAUCUUCAUGUUCCCCUGAGGACGAAGCCCUGACUGUCGUGAAAGUCAAAUUUAUCACUUAUCUAGUGAAAUAUAUCCAUAUUUUCUGGCACAACGUCUCUCACACAUCAAACCCUACUGUAACUUGGCUGAUCCUGAGUUUUCAUUGGGUCAAAAUUUUAAUGUAGGACCUGCAAAACUAACGACAGUCCCGUCACCCUCAGAUGUACUUCUGCUGUUAGUGCUAACUAGCAAAUGUUAGCAUGCUAAACUAAGAUGCUGAUGUCAAACACUGUCAUUUGGAGCAUGUUAGCAUGCUGGCUUCAGCAUUAAGCCCAGACCCCCCCCCC